CGGUAGAGACGAGGCGAGCGCGGAGUUGGCGUCUCCCUGUUCUUCCCGCAGAGGCUCUCGCCCUUUCUCAGUUUCCUUGUCCGCUAAACUUUUGGAAACUUUUCUUCCUCCUUCUUUUGCACGGGCGCUCCCACCCCUUUGCACUGCCUUGUUUCGGUCCGGGUACUGGCCACGUUUCGAGCCAUGUGUAGAACAGCGCUCCUGGCAGCCCUCUAUAUCUGGAGCUACUGCCUCGUCGCGCUGUGCGGAAAGUCGGCUAGCCAGAACAUCUCGGUCUCAAGAAACAUAGAAAAAAAGAAAGACCUGAGUUAUAUUGAGAGUAAAUUUUCUUUAAGGAUACCUGAAAAUCCUGUUGAGGACGUUUGUCACCUAGUUCCUGGACAGGAAACAAGUGUAGCAGACUGCAACUUCAAUCAUACCAGUAAAACCUUUGUGAUUGUACAUGGAUGGACGGUAAUUGGAAUGUUUGAGAGCUGGGUUCCCAAGCUGGUGAAGGCACUGUAUGACAGGGAGCCUGAUUCUAAUGUCAUUGUGGUUAAUUGGCUAGCUCGAUCCAGUUUACAUUAUUCAAUGUCUGCAGACUUCACAAAGCAGGUGGGAGAAGACAUUGCUGCAUUUGUUAAUUGGAUGGAGGAGCAGUUCGGUUAUUCUCUGGACAAAGUCCAUUUACUGGGAUACAGCCUGGGUGCUCACGCUGCAGGCAUUGCUGGAAGUCUGACUAAUAAAAAGAUUAAUAGAAUUACUGGUUUAGAUCCUGCUGGGCCUCACUUUGAAUAUGCUGAUGCUUCUAGACGCCUUUCUCCAGAUGACGCUGUCUUUGUAGAUGUCUUGCAUACCUACAUAAGGGGCUCCCCAGAUCGCAGUAUUGGCAUACAGAAGCCUGUUGGCCACGUUGAUAUCUAUCCCAAUGGAGGUGGUUUCCAGCCAGGUUGCAAUAUAGCAGAAGCCCUGCGCCUGAUUGCUGAGAAAGGGUUUCACAAUGCUGAUCAGCUGUUGAAAUGCUCUCAUGAACGUUCCAUCCACCUUUUCAUUGAUUCCCUCUUGUAUGAAGAAAAACCAAUAAUGGCAUACCGAUGCAACUCAAGAGAAACAUUUGAAAGAGGGCUCUGCUUGAGCUGCAGAAAGAAUCGUUGCAAUAAUUUAGGCUAUAAAGUUAAAAGAGUGAGAAGCAAGAGGAACAGCAAAAUGUAUCUAAAGACUCGUGCAUACGCGCCUUAUAAAGUCUUUCAUUUCCAGGUCAAGAUACAUUUUUUUGGAAAAUUGAACAUCACCACAACCAACCAACCAUUCCGUAUUUCUUUCUAUGGCACUAAGAAGGACAGUGAGAACAUAGCAUUUGUAAUGCCUGAGAUCUCCACUAACAAAACAAGUUCCUUCCUGGUAUAUACCGAAGAUGACCUUGGAGAUCUGCUUAUGGUAAAACUGCAGUGGGAGAAAGAUUCGUUUUUCAGUUUGAGCAACUGGUGGGAUAUCCCUGAAUUCAGCAUACGAGUGGUCAGAAUCAAGGCUGGAGAAACCCAGAAAAAGUUGGUGUUCUGCUCUCAGAAUGGAUUCUUUUCCCUCCAAAAAGGGGGCAGAGUUGCAGAAUUUAUGAGAUGUCGUGAGAAAAAACAUAACGCCACAGAUUCAUGAGACCAGGCCAGAAUAAUAAUGAAUGAGUGAAGACCUUCCGUUUUGGGAAAGAAAUCCCCCAGGGUGCUGACUAAACAGGAAUGAUUGUACUGAAAUAAUUAUCGAUCUCCUAUAAUACUGUCAGCCGACACUACCCGAGGAAUGAUUUACUCAGACUGGAGUCUGAUUUGGUUUUGCCAGAAUAUGACUAGCAAUAUACUUCUAAAUUUACAUCCAAAUGGCAAUGCUGCAGUGCAGAUGGACGGUAUCUUCAUUCAGAUCAGCAUAAGAAUGCACACUUGAUUCUUGAUUCAGUGAGCAACACGUAAAAUCUAUUUCCACAGGUAGAUCUCCUUAUCUGGAUCAUCUCAGCACAUAAGAAAAACUACACAAACCAACUUUAUUUUUGUAAUUAAGAAGAAAUCUCUCACAGAUGGUGAUUUUUGUAUUAUUCAGAGCAAACGGCAAUAAUUCUUAUAUCCCUUUGUGACAAGGCUCUUGUUUUAUAAUGCACUUGUGUAAAAAAAAAAAAACCCUAUUUAUUUAAGAACUGCUUAUUUUUACAUGGAUUUCGGCUAAAGUUUGUUUUUUUUAAGUUUUACAAGUGGGUGUUUGGCUGUGCAAUGUCCACGUAGAUGAUUUGUGCAGUUUUGGAGCUUUGGCUGGCUAUAAAUUUCUUUUAAACAAUUAAGAGCAAUAUAUAGACUUCUUAUUCAAUAUAUGCUUACAAGCCAAAAUAUAUUUCUGAAUAAUGAUGCUUCGUAGGUCUGAAAGUUUCCAGACUAAGCUCUUUCACAGUGGGUAAAUAAUUAAAUUUAGGAAUCACUUAGCAAUCUAUAACGUCUUUAUAUGACAAUAAAUUCACCACAGGAGAAAAUACCUAGCAUUUUCAGUGCCUCAUGCUUUUCCAUUAAAAAGGAACCUAAUGCAUUUGUACUAAACAUACUCAUCUUUAUCAAAUAACUAUCCCUAAAAAGGAGCUGCAGUAUUUAAAAAUUGUACAGAUAUUACUUCUUAUAACAGUUUUGUUACCAGACACAAAAUUAUUGUAUUGAUUGUGGACAGUGAUGACAACUGAAGUGGUAACUUCCACAGAUCCAUAUCCCAACAAAUAAUGUUCCUCUUUUUUGAUACUGGUGUUUCUAACUUUGAAAAUAGAACUUUUGUUUGUUGCCCAGCAAUAAGAAUGACAGAAACUGAAAAAUAUAGUGUUUUUUCCCUAAAAUAAUGUAAAUUAUGUUGUGUAUUAUAGUCUUGUAGUAUUAUACACUUUUGGAGAACACACAAAUAUUCUUUGAAUCAGAAAGUAUGGACACACAAAAGAGGUAUUUGAUACAGAUAUUUUAAUGAGCAUUUAUCGGCAUGUUCAAAAUAAUUUCACUAGUUUUAGUUUUUUAACCAAAAUCUCAGACUUUUGAAGUUGCAACCAACUAUAUUCACAGUGGUUUAGUAAGUUGUACACUAAAACAAGGAAGAUAACUUAUACUUCUGUGAAGAUACAUAAAAACAUAAGAGUGCUUGAGUACUGCCACUUUAGCACCUGAUUGUCCAACAUAAUCUUUUUCCUAUUAUAAGAAAUAUCAUUGAAUAAAUGUGUGGUAAAAAUUAAAUGCAAUACUUCUAAGAUUUUUUAUUGAAAUGGUUUCCCAAUCCACCAGUCUUUCAUUCAGGCAGGAAGAACUUAAGUUUGAUAAGUGAGCACUGAAGGACAUAUUUAAAGACGUACAUCGUUUCUUCUGGAUAAAGCCAAUUUCUCAGGAGUGAGGUUUAAAAGACAGUGUCUUAACAAGUUGAAGAUUUUUAAUGCAAAGUCAAAUACAGUGCCAAUAGCACUUGAUCGAGAGGAAUUUUAUGUAUGAGAAGAUAUAUUUUGACUUUAAUUGUUCCUAUUUAUUAUUUGUAAAAUAUAUGUGUGUAUAUAUGUAAAAGUUAGUUUGUAUAUAUUGCUGAAGUAAUCAAAGCUAUAUUCAUCUACAGACUCUGGUGACACAUGUUUCUCAAAAUGAUUAUAUGUUACAUGAAAAAAUGCUGCAAUGAUUUGUUUCAAGACAUUUCUACUUUGUAUAUGUUGAUAUUUGCAAACAUUAAAAGCAAGAAG